ACUUUUACCUAAUGUUGAAUUUUUUUCCUUUUUGUAUCGAUGGUUUUCAUUAGCUGACGAUUAAGGAAAUGAUCCAAUCAUAGUUCAUGUGAUAAAUUACACAGAAGUCAGAAUAUCAACAUGUCGAAGAGGAUGACAUCGUACGAGAAAUAGGUCAAUUUCUUCAUCAGUUGUUUAUUUACAAGUAAUCGGGAAUAUGUUUCAAAGAUCAAAAGGAUGGCUUCCUGGACUUUUGUCAAAGCCAAAAAAUCCCCAUUCUUUGGAACAUUUGAAAUACCUACACAGCUUAUUGUGCAAAAACCAAACUGUGACAGAGGGCAACAGGAGUCUGCUGGUGGAGACGCUGAGGUCUAUCUCGGAAAUCUUGAUCUGGGGAGAUCAGAAUGACAGCAGUGUGUUUGACUUCUUCUUGGAGAAGAACAUGUUGUCGUUUUUCUUGCGAUAUUUACAACAGAAGUCAGGUCGUUUUAUAUGUGUGCAACUUCUUCAAACACUCAACAUUUUGUUUGAAAACAUCAGCAACGAGACUUCACUUUAUUACCUGUUGUCGAACAAUCACAUCAACUCAAUCAUAGUCCACAAGUUUGAUUUUUCUGAUGAGGAGGUGAUGGCUUAUUACAUUUCCUUUCUGAAAACUCUGUCUUUCAAGCUGAACAGACACACAAUCCACUUCUUUUAUAAUGAGCACACAAAUGACUUUGCACUGUACACCGAGGCAAUCAAGUUUUUCAAUCACUCAGAAGCCAUGGUCAGAAUUGCUGUCAGAACAAUCACACUCAAUGUCUACAGAGUCGAUGACAAAGCCAUGCUAAAGUACAUCAGGAAUCGAACCGCAGCCCCAUACUUUUCCAACCUGGUCUGGUUUAUUGGGAACCACAUAUUGGAUCUGGACAUCUGUGUCCGAAAUGCCGACCACCAGAGCCGUGGACGUCUGGCAGACUUGGUGGCAGAACAUCUGGAUCACCUGCACUACCUGAACGACAUCCUGUGUCUGAACAUAGAUGCCCUGAAUGACGUACUGACUGACCAGCUGCUGAACAGACUGUUGAUUCCUCUGUAUGUUUACUCACUGACCAUGAGGAAACGGUCAGCAGACAGGAUGGCCGACAGAAAACAUGUCAGCUCAGUUGUGUCCCUUUUCCUUCUGUCUCAGGUUUUCUUGAUAAUCAGCUAUGCUCCUUUGGUUCGACAACUGGCAGAAAUUAUUUUUCAAGGAGAAAUCAGUUUGUCUCGACAGGAGGCUUCCCCAGAAAUGAGAGUGAGAGAAUUUGUGCCCCCUGCAGAAACCCUUGAGAAGACCCUGGAAAGCAACAGAGGGUGCCGGGAUACUGUUGAAGACAAUGGUACGCUGAUUCACGCUGGGAAUUCAGUGUUUUAUGCUAGAACUGAGUCUAUAUCAUCAGGAAGGGGCACUGGUGAUGUUGUGACACCAGAAUCUGAACUGCCCCAAAGCCCGAGUAGUGAGGUGCUCUCCGGUGGGGAUGAUAUGUCAAGUCCCAACCAGAAUUCUACAGAUGAAGAGAAACUCCUCAGUUCUCUGGGCCGAAGUCAUAGAAUGGAUUUACCAGAGGCAAUGAGCAGUGAACCGAGUCCUGCAACAUUUUCAUUGGACAACAGGCCCUAUUUGGAGGCAAUAUUUAAUGCCCUGGAGUGCAGUGAGAACGAUUACGAAGCUUUGUUUGCACUGUGCCUACUUUAUGCAAUGGGACACAAUGAAGGUAUUCAUCAGGAGCUGAUGGAUUCAGUGUUGAUGCCAACAGAGAGGAGCGAGACAAAGGAACACUAUAAUGUAGCCCUGGUAGAGCGCCUCAUCCGAAUCAUCACACUCGCCUGUCAGCAUGGCAGCAAAGUUCGUCUAGCAACUUUGGAGUUGACCCUCCGACUUUUGAAGUUGUUGGUAUACAAACAGGACCAAUCUUACCUACAGGACAGACACCUGGCCUGUAUUGAGAAUGCCAGGGAAUGCAGCACGCAGCUCCUCAGAAACUUUUACAAGAGCGAAGAAAUUUUUCUGGAUAUGUUUGAGGAUGAAUAUACCCAGAUGAUUAAUCGUCCUCUAAAUGUUGAAUAUUUGACUAUGGAUGCCUCUAUCCUGCUACCCCCUACUGGGACACCCCUAACAGGAAUUGACUUCAACAAGAGAUUACCCUGUGGAGAAGUGGAGCGAUCCAGAAGGGCAAUAAGGGUAUUUUUUCUGGUAAGAGAUUUGUCCUUGACCUUGCUAAAAGAAGAGGAGCUCCAACUGCCACUGAACCGUGACCAAGCCACAGUGAAAACAAAUGACAUUUUGGACCUCAAUAAUAGUGACCUCAUUGCUUGCACUGUUGUCAUGAGAGAAACCAGAAAACAGGAAAGGCGAUUCUUGGUCAUUGACAAGCUGCAGAUGAUCCUUGUAGAACCGGACACGAGACGACUUGGAUGGGGGGUUGUCCGAUUUGUUGGCUAUCUUCAAGAUGUGGAAGUUACUGGAGAUAAGGAGGAUAGCAGGUCCCUCCACAUCACAAUCCACAAACCUGCCAGUUCUCAACACACCCGCCCGAUUCCUCUCCUUAAUGCCAGGUUUAUCUUCGAUGAUCACAUCCGAUGCAUGGCAGCCAAACAGCGACUUACUAAAGGACGAUUAAAAGCGAGGCAGCUUAAAAUGCAUAUGAUCGAAAAAUUGAUUGACAUUCCAGGAGAUUCUGCUAGUCGACAAAGACCUCUUCCAGGUCGCAGUCAUCCAGUAAGGGUUGAUUCUUCCCCUCGGGAUGGCACAGCCCAAAAUGUUCUCAAACCACAAGCAGCACAAGUCUCCAGUGUCAAUCAGACCACAACCUCAGGGAAAAUGUCUGAUAAAAAGGAAAAACCUUCCACUUCUGAAACUACAGCAGCAGAUGAUGUUGAAGUGGCAGAAGAGGCUGCCUCAUUUGCAUAUCAGUCCUUUAAUCAGGAUACAGGAGGAGUACCUAGUCAUUCCCCCUCCCCCGAGGUCCGAAUACAACAGGAGAUCCCUUUGGAAGAUUUAUCCAGGAAAAAGAAGAGACAUUCAGGAAGGAAAUUGUCAGGGACUAAGUUGGUCGGGCAGUCAAGUGCUCAUCAGAGUAGAAGUCACUCCCAUAGUCCAAGGCGAAAUGACAAUUUGCAGACCAAGAAAGGACGUGCCACAUCAUUGACAGUUACCAUUAAACAGGAGGUCAGCAGACCUCAUAGUAACAGCAGUCCUAUCCCAAUGGGCUCUUCUCCAGCACAAUCCUCGACCUCUUCAUCAGAAAAUAGCCCUCAAAGCUAUGGUUUUACAAGAGACACAUCUAGUCAGUCGCCAAAAACUCUUAGGCCUGCUGAUGCCCCCACCCUUUCUCUCCUACCUCAAGGGGAAGAUCAGAUGAACUCGGAGGAAAAUUUAGGACCCAAACUGUUACCACCUACCGAGGUAGAGAGGAUAAGAAGUGUUAGUGAUGUUUCAAGCACAAGCAGUGACAAUCAAGGUGAAUUAACCAGAAGCAACAGCUCUGAAUCAACUAACUCUGCCAAGCCACAGUUCGCUAGGAAAACUGCUUCUGAGGCAGAGGUGGGUGUGGACUCCACUGAGGGUCAGAGAGUGCAAAUGGUUCAUGACUUGGUGGACGAGUCUGCCUCACAGCAGUUGACUAAACUGGCUCAGAUGGUUCAACAGCAUUAUGGUUCAGUAGAUGAGGAUCAGGAAUCAAGUUUGGAUGGGAGCAUAAAGGGUUCCAUCAAAAAUGUGUGAUAUGUUAUGUAUUUUAAGUGUGAUAUUUUUGAAGUCAAGAAAUUAUUUUACUGCCAAGUUUGGUACAAAAAAGAAAGGACUAUACAUACUUUGGGUCUGAUUUGGCCCCUCAAAAAUAUAAAAUAAAAUUUAAGUGAAGUCAGAGAGUUUUGAAAAAUACAGAAUAAAAUCAUGACUUAUAAUAUGUACUACUAAUUUUAUUAGUAAUCAUUUCUUGUAAUAUGAUAUCAGACAUGAAGCAUUUCGUCAUCUGUUAUUGAACAUCACUUACAAUGACAGAUAUAGUAACAAUAUGAUUCUUAAGUCUGUCUAUUUGCUGGAAGGGAAAGAAUACAUCUAUGAUGUCAUAUCUGAAGACGAUCAUGCGAUUUUCUGAAAAUAACACAUACAUGUGUAAAAUGUUGUGUACACACCUUCAAAUUUAGGGAGCGAAUUAUACCUAGGGCUUGUAUUCCUUUGUUUAAGUGUGAACUGUUUAUGUUUUAUUUGUUAGCUAUGGGGACUUCUUUUCAUUGUUGAGUAUGGUGGCAUUGUGUUUUGUGUCUUUUUAAUCUUUGUUAGUAAUAAGAUUAUGUCUAUUCUUGGCAUUCCGUUUCCUUCAGUAGUAGACAUCAGGUAGACCAAGGAUCUAGAAUAUCGUCGGGGAAACUAUAGAAAUUCAUAUAAUUGUACAUCUACUCAUGAAAGUGAACUUAUGCAAUGUAUUAAGGUACAUGUAUAACUUAUUUUUUUCUAAAAAAUACACUGUAUUACAUUUCAUAAAUAGCUAGGUGGUAAGAGAAAUGUGUAUUGUAGAAAGGUUUGUUAAGAUUGUUCAGGAUUACAGUCAAACUCAAAAUUCCCCACAAUAUGAAUUCAAUCAAUCGUAAUAAUACAACUUUGAAGAGUAUUACAAUGACUGGGAUAAUGAUCUAUAAAUCACAAUAAUCUGCAGAUAUUCCACAACAGAGUGAGAAGGACAUUUAAAAGUCUAGAACCACUUAUAAAUUAUUCUUGAGAAACUUCAAUCUUCCAGGAAAUCACCUGUGACCUGGUAUUUAGACAUUUUAGAUCCCAGAAAUAUAAAGUUCAUAUAUAAAUGAUUCACCAGUAGAGAGCAAAAUGCUGAAUUGGCAUACAAAAUUUAAACAAUGACGAUUCCCUUAUAUUAAAUUCAGAUUUACUGCAAGCAACGGUUUUAAGGGAAUCAUAUUAUAUGCCCAAAUUUUGAUGAUCCGUAUUCGGGUAUGGACAUUCCCAUUGGUUAUCAUUUUUGUGUCCCCGUUCAUUAUACUUUCACACUGGGUGGCCUAGAACCACUAAAUGCAUCAUAGGAUAAAGGUGUGUUGUGACCCAAAAGUAGGUCAAUGUGGCCUUGAAUUUUAUGGCUAUACAUAAUCAAAUUAUGGUAUGUCUUGAUCAUAUCUUGUAUUUUGUAAAGUCUGGCUUCAUCAAACUUUUUCAGUUAAUGCAUCUUGGAGGAAGGGAGGGGUCAGGGGUAUUGUGACCCAAAAGUUUGUCACAUUGGCCUCAUUUUGGAAUUUUAUGGCCAUACAUAGCCCAAUGAUGUCAUGAUUGCACACUGCAAGACCUAGCUCUGUCAAUCCUGGUCUGCUGAUAGAUAACUUCAGUAUGUUACAGUAAUUUAAUUCCAGUAUAGUUCACAGCUUGUGAAUUUUGAGUAUGCAAACAUAAAUAUACAUCAUGUGCACCUAGUUGCAGACAGAUGUAUUUUGUGCACUACAGUGAUGCACUUUUCUGCAGUAAGAGUAUGAGAGAGAGAUAGACAAACUGGUCCUAAUUAAUGUAUGGCUUUUCUGCUGCAAGUGUAUGAGAGAGAGAUAGACAAACUGGUCCUAAUGUGUGGCUUCUCCUUGCAGACAACACAUUAGGAAAUGUUAUUCCAUCAUUAAAAUCUUUUGUACUAUAAAAUGGUCCUUGUAAAGAAAAACUACAGGAAUCCUUUUAGAAGACCUAAGACACCAAUGACCCAGUUGUAGGACAGACUUGUUUAGGCUGGACUUUGUCAAUCAAAUUUUUGGAAUACAAAAUAUGUACAUUUACAUCUAUCGUUGGAUACCCACGGGUGAUCUCGAUUUUUACUCCUCAUGAUGAAUAAAAGACGAGAUCACCCGUGGGUUUCUGACAAUGAUGUACAUCAUAAUUUUAAAAUAGUUACUUCCAUUUUAGUUGUGGGGUUUGUAUAAUGAAUGUGGACAGAUCAAUUUCUCUUGCCCGAAUCAUGCUAGACUGAAAAUGAGUAUCUAUUUAAUGAAUGUGCCAAUGCAUCAAAUGAAUUAAUUCAUCAUAUAUCUACAUCCUAUUUUUAAAAAUAGUACAUUGCAUAACUUAAUUAGUAUCAGAAUGUUUAUUUUUCAUUAUUUUAUAUUAAACUUUAAAUUAAACAGUGGUGAAAAACCAAAAAUAAAUGCAUUUGGCUUUUUCCAGUUGAUUAUUUUUAAGCUCUGUUUUGGAUACUCUAAGAUUAGAGGGAAUGUGUUGUCUGGUUUUAUUUGGAUUGUCAAUUUAUCACUGGCAUACAUAGAUAAUUUAUGGAGUUACUGUCCUAUGCACCUUGGAAGAGUAUGUGAAAGUAUGUUUGACUUAUGCUCUUGAUUUUAAGAUUUCUUGGAAAUCUUUUAAAAUAUGUGCAUAUUUAAAAGUGCAAUAUAUAUACAGUGUAUGUUCUAUAAACCAUUGUACAUGUGCUUGUUUUGACAAAAAUAGAUUUUUCAUGGAAAAAUAGCAUUGUUGUAUGGCAUUUUCAUGAAUACCAGCAAGUGUGCUGCCAGAACACCGACCCUCCAGCCCUCUGUCUGUAUUACAGUGUACCAUAUUUGUCAAUGGUUUACCACCUUUAAAACUGAAAUAUGCACUAUGACAGAUGCAUCUUGUUUCUUUUCUAUUUAAGAGGAUGAACUUUUGGACACUUUUGGAAGUAAAUGUCAACUCUUACAUUGAAGGGGAAUUAUUAAAACAAAAGGAUAGGGCUUGUUAUUGAGCUGCUAUGCAUUACAAUUCCAACAAUUGUUAAGUCUUUGGACUUUGACCAUACUCUAAAUACAUUGUAACUAUAAACUCUAUGUAAAUACAUUGUAACUAUAAACCCUAUGUAAAUACACUGUAACUAUAAACUCUAUGUAAAUACACUAACUGUAAACCCUAUGUAAAUACAUUGUAACUAUAAACUCUAUGUAAAUACACUGUAACUAUAAACCCUAUGUAAAUACAUUGUAACUAUAAACUCUAUGUAAAUACACCAACUGUAAACCCUAUGUAAAUACAUUGUAACUAUAAACUCUAUGUAAAUACAUUGUAACUAUAAACCCUAUGUAAAUACACUGUAACUAUAAACUCUAUGUAAAUACACUGUAACUAUAAACCCUAUGUAAAUACAUUGUAACUAUAAAUACACUGUAACUAUAAACCCUAUGUAAGCCAACGAAGUACUGUUUCCUUGGGAUGGCUUCUCUCUUUUUCAGACGAAUGACAAGGUUUUAAAGAUUUAGAACAUGUUUAUGUUUUUAUCAUUAAUCAAUGUAAGACCUAUGUUCGCCCAACUUUUAUGGUAUUACUGUUAGGAAUGUAGACCACCAUAUGUUAGAUGCAGAUUCACAGGUGAAUGGACAGAUUAAAAUUGUUUGAGCUUCCUUGA